GAGAUAUGGGUUGGGGGCCGCACUGCAAGAGCCAAAGCAGAGACCAAGGAGGGGAGGCGGAGCAGGGGGUGAAAGAGAGCACACACACACACACACCCACACCCCAGUCCCGUGUCGUCCCCUCCAGCCCCUUUGUGCAGCGCAGGAUGCGAACGUGGUGCCUUUGGAGGCUGGCUGGAACUCAGGGGGCAGCAGGAAGACACCCCUGACCCCUUCUCGGCCAUCUCCUCCGUAUGGUGAAGGGAAAAGAGCCGCCAUGCAGCCAAUUCAAAGUGAGGUGUCCUUUGAAGAAGUGGCUGUCUAUUUCACUCAGCGGGAGUGGGCCCUGCUGCGCCCAGUCCAAAGAGCUCUGUACAAGGAAAUCAUGCUGGAGAAUUUUGGAAACAUGGCUUCUCUUGGACCUCUGCUGAUUACCAAACCUGACCUCAUCUCCUGGCUGGAAGAGGAAGAAGAGCUAUUUUGCCUGGGCUCUGGUCAACACAAUGGAUUGGCAGGCAGCAGCAGCAGAAGGACACCCUGGAUGCUUCCUCUACGGUUUCCUCCCUGUGGUGAAGGGACAAGAGCCACCAUGCAGCCAGCUCAGGGUGGUGUGUCCUUUGAAGAGGUUGCUGUGUAUUUCACCCAGGAGGAGUGGCCACUGCUGCAGCAGGACCAAAGACUGCUGUACAAGGACGUCAUGCUGGAGAAUUUUGGGAACGUGGCCUCUCUGGGACUUCAGAUUGCCAGACCAGGUCUUAUAUCCCAACUGGAAGAAGGGGAAGAGCUGUUUCUCCUGGGCUCUGAGGAAGAUGAGAGACUGGCAGGUAGCUGCUCAGGAGGAGCUCUGUGGGACACAGAGAAGGAAACAAAAGAACCCCCAGUGAUGGAGAGAAAGGAUAUAACUUCAGAUGUGAAAAAGAAGUUUGAACAUUUGGAUGAGCCAAGGAAAUACUCAGCUGAAGGGAGGAAUAAUUCUAGCCUUUUCCACAGGGGUAGCUCUGUACUGCAGAAAACCUCCCAGGGAAACAAGAAGAAAGAGAUCACUGUAAGCAGGGAAACUCAGAAAUCAAUUAUUAAUAUUCAACGAAACACCUCUGACACAAAGAAGCGAUAUAAGUGCGAGGAGUGUGGAAAAGGCUUUGGGCGGAAAGACAGACUAAGUUCCCAUCAAAGAAUUCACACAGGGGAGAAACCAUAUUCAUGUCUGAAGUGUGAGAAAACAUUUAAACGGAAAUAUGCUUUAACUUCCCAUCAAACAGUCCACACAGGGGAGAAACUACAUAAAUGUUUGGUGUGCUGUAAAAGCUUCAGUUACAGUUCAUACCUUAGUCUCCAUAAAAGAGUUCACACUGGGAAAAAACCAUAUAAAUGCCUGGAGUGUGGAAAAAGCUUUCGUAAUAGUGGGAACCUUACUUCCCAUCAAAGAAUUCACACUGGGGAGAAGCCAUAUAAAUGUCUGGAGUGUGGGAAAAGCUUUCAUCGGAGUGAUAGCCUCACAGUGCACCACAGAGUUCACAGAGGGGAGAAACCCCACAAAUGCCUGGAGUGUGGGAAAAGCUUCAAAUUGAGUGAAGGGCUUAUUUCUCACCAAAGAAUUCACACAGGGGAACAGCCAUAUCAGUGCCUGGAAUGUGGGAAACGUUUUCAUGCCAGAGGAUCACUAAUAUACCAUCAACAAACUCAUACGGAGGAAAAACCAUAUAAAUGUUUAGAGUGUGGGAAAGGUUUCAUUGUUCACAGAAGCCUUGUUGUUCAUCAAAGGAUUCAUACAGGAGAGAAACCAUAUAAAUGCCUGGUGUGUGGAAAGAGCUUCAGUGAGCGUAGAACGCUUGCUGCUCACCAAAGGAUUCACACAGGGGAGAAACCAUAUAAAUGUCUGGAGUGUGGAAAAAGCUUCCGUGAUCGUAGAUACCUUAGUCAGCAUAAAAGAAUUCACCCAGGGGAGGAAUCAUAUAAGUGCCUGCAGUGUGGGAAAAGCUUCAGUAAUAGUGGAAGCCUUGCUUCUCAUCGAAGAAGUCACUCAGGGGAGGAACCAUUUAAAUGCUUGGAGUGCGGGAAGAGUUUCAGUCGGAGGCGCGACCUUACUUGCCAUGAAAUGAUUCACACAGGGGAGAAACCAUAUAAAUGCCUGGAGUGUGGAAAAAGCUUCCGGUGGAGUAGCCAGUUUAUAUCCCAUCAAAGAAUUCACACAGGAGAGGAACCACAUAAAUGCUUGCAGUGUGGGAAAAGUUUCCAUGACAGAGGAUCACUAAUUUCCCAUCAAAGAAUUCACACAGGGGAGAAACCAUAUAAAUGCCUGGAAUGCGGGAAAAGCUUCUGUCAGAGAGGAGCACUAAUUUCCCAUCAAAGAAUUCACACAGGGGAGAAACCAUAUAAAUGCCUGGAGUGUGGGAAAAGCUUCAGUAAUAGUGGAAACCUUGCUUCUCAUCGAAGAAGUCACUCAGGGGAGGAACCAUUUAAAUGCUUGGAGUGCGGGAAGAGUUUCAGUCGGAGGGACAGCCUUACUUGCCAUGAAAUGAUUCACACAGGGGAGAAACCAUAUAAAUGCCUGGAGUGUGGGAAAAGCUUCAGGUGGAGUAGCCAGUUUAAAUCCCAUCAAAGAAUUCACACAGGAGAGGAAUCACAUAAAUGCUUGCAGUGUGGGAAAAGUUUCCAUGACAGAGGAUCACUAAUUUCCCAUCAAAAAAUUCACACAGGGGAUAAACCAUAUAAAUGCCUGGAGUGUGGGAAAAGCUUCAGGUGGAGUAAGCAGCUUGCCUCCCACCAAAUAACUCACCGAGGGGAGGAAUCGUAGAAAAGCCUGUAAUGUGGGAAAUGCUUCUGUGACAAAGGAGCACUAAGUUACCAUCGAAGAACUCACGAAGGGGAGAAACAGUGUAAAUUCCUGGAAUGUGGAAAAAAUGCCAGUUAGCAUGAAAGUCUUACUUCCCAUCAAAGAAGUCACAUGGAAGAAACCGUAGAACUGUUUGGUGUGAUAUAAAGAAAUUAUCUGGCUUACAGAAUUAGCAAGCAAUUCAGUAACUCACUUGAAAAUAUAUAUUUCAGUACAAUUUCAUAAAAUGCUUUAGAGAAUAAAAGACAACAUGUUAGUCCAGGGGUCUGCAAGUUUUUGGUCCUGCAGGUGCAUUUGGAACUCUGCCACAGCAUGGUGGACACCACCACAAAAUGACUUCUGAAGAUGGGGGAUCCAGCAACAAAAUGAUUGCCACAACUUAACUUCAGUAACACAAUGUAGGUCUUUGUGCUGAAGUGGCAGCUGCUGCCAAAACAAUAUCUUAAAAUCCACAUAGCCAAUGAAAUCUGAAGUAGUUAAUGAGAAGCAAAGAUGGACUAGAAAGGCACCUGGAUUGCACAAUUGGGGCCCCAAGGUACAUCCCUAUGUGGGGCGAAGCAAGGGAGCAGCUCGCCUUGGACAGCUGAUGUUUUGUUUCUAGAAUCCUCACAAGGGGAAUGUCAUACCCCCAGAGACACCCUUGCCAUUUUCUUUAUUUAAGCCUCAGUUGUACCCUGUGUUUAGUUUUGUACAGUAUUCUGUGGAUGGGAACCUUAGUUGGACCCUGUCCCUUUAAGAAGCCCCCUAUAGGCAAGAGCACAGUCCCUUUUUACAGUCUUUAGUUUUCAGGUGUCUGGGGAAGGCUGGAGACAGCAAUAUCUCAGACGUAUAAGGUGUUAGAGAUCCAUAGAACUCAGAGUAAGCAAGUUCAACAGGAUUGCAGAAAACAGAGUCCAAAUAGAGGACAUUCGGAGAACUCAGAAGCAGCAGCAAGCAGAACAGACUUCCUCAGAAGCAGUUAAGAAAGAAUUUGUGUCUGCAAGCUCUUCAAUAAUUUCUAAUGGUUUCCAGCACUGCAAGUAUUCUUUGUUAGAUAGACUUCAUGGGAGGAGUCAAGAGUCCUAAAUUUUCAAUAUUAUUAAACUGUUUUUUGAACUGUUACUCAUUAGUCUGUGGGUCUUACACUCUGUUCCAGCCAAGUACAAGGCACCUGAUAAUAGAUUGCUUGGGGAGCAGAACAGGGGAACAGGCUGCCCAAACAUCCAUCAUUUGUGCUGACGGGCCUCUUCACAACCUCUGCAUACCACACUCAAAGGGCCUGUGAAUGGCAGUAACGCCCUCCCACACCCAAAAGCCCCUGUGGAGAAAUUGCCAUGUCACUUUAAAUUUCUCCAAUUUUUAGCUGCUUUGGCUAGAUGUAAGAGCCCCAGCUGUAAAUUAUGUUCUUUCUGACUCUAAUGACUUUGUUAAAUUAACACCUGUUUGCAACAAUGAUUUUGCCAAGCUGACUCAGCAAAUCUCUAUGGAAGAAUUAUUGGUCCAUUUACGCCAGCUGACCAAUCAUUUUCCAUAUAAUUGCCUUUCAGUACUUUGUUUAGCACUCUCGCUAUCUCUAGAUAUCUUUCUUCAUUCUAGCUAUUGCUAUGUGAGAAAACUCUGCCUGUUAUCUUGAGUAAUUGUGUAUGUUGUUAAUCUCUGCCAGUUGAUUUAACUGUGUUUAGUCUCUGCUUAUAUUUGUCUGUAAAGUUACACUACCGGAUUGUUUUAAAGUUAUAUUGUUUUAACUUUUUGCCUUAUGCAUCUUUUUGUUUAUUGAACAGGUGAAGACCUCAAUAAACCUCAAAAACAUUUUUUAUUUGAAA